AUGAGGGUGAUACUGUUGGCUGUGGUUUACAUCCCAUUCACCAUGACCAUGGAACGAAUCCCUCUCAUUCGAUUCAAAUCCAUCAAGAAACAGCUGAAGGAAAAGGGAGAAUUAGAGGAAUUCUGGAGGGAUCACCAUCCUGAUGUUUUUGCCCGGAGGUACCUGCACUGCUUCCCUGCAGAUAUUGCUUUAUCAGUAGGAACCGCAUCAGAAAGGCUGUACGAUUACAUGAAUGCGCAGUACUACGGAGUCGUGAACGUUGGUACGCCACCCCAGAGGUUCACCGUUGUGUUUGACACUGGCUCCUCCAAUUUUUGGGUCCCUUCUGCUUAUUGCAUCAGCGAAGCAUGCAGGGUGCACCAGAAAUUUAAGUCCUUUCUGUCGGAUUCAUAUGAGCACGGAGGGGAAGCCUUCUCCUUGCAGUAUGGCACAGGACAACUUCUGGGCAUUGCUGGUAAAGACACGCUGCAGAUAAGUAACAUCUCCAUCAAGGGACAGGACUUUGGUGAGUCGGUGUUUGAGCCAGGACCAACCUUUGCCCUUGCCCACUUUGAUGGCGUGCUGGGCUUGGGCUACCCCUCCUUAGCAGUGGGCAAUGCUCUGCCCGUGUUUGACAGCAUCAUGAACCAGAAGCUGGUAGAAGAGCCGGUCUUCUCUUUCUAUCUGAAAAGAGGAGAUGACACCGAGAAUGGCGGUGAGUUGAUUCUGGGGGGGAUAGACCAUUCCCGCUACAAAGGUUCAAUCCACUGGGUCCCAGUCACUGAGAAAACCUACUGGCAAAUACACCUGAACAAUAUAAAGAUCCAGGGCCAGGUGGCAUUUUGCUCCCAUGGCUGCGAAGCCAUUGUUGAUUCAGGCACUUCUCUUAUCACCGGCCCCUCUUCACAAAUCAGGCGAUUACAGGAGUAUAUUGGGGCAAGUCCAUCGCAGACUGGAGAGUUUCUCGUAGACUGCAGAAGACUGUCCAGCUUGCCUCACAUAAGUUUCACAAUCGGACACCACGAGUACAAACUGACAGCAGAGCAAUAUGUCAUAAAGUCUAUUGAAGACCAAACCUUCUGCAUGAGCGGCUUUCAGUCUCUCGACAUCACCACUCGUGCUGGCCCGCUCUGGAUUUUAGGAGAUGUCUUUAUGUCUGCGUUUUACUGCAUUUUUGACCGUGGGAAUGACAGAGUGGGAUUUGCAAAAGCUGUUCAUAGGAAGGAUUACUACUGA